UCUUCUACUUCUCCUCCUCCUCCUCCUCCUCCAAUAUCCAUUAACUCUUUCAAACAGAAACACGCAAAUCUCGUGCGAACAUUUCGGUUGCACAAGCAGUGGCAUAUCAUAUCUCUUAGAGCCAACGGGGGACUCAGGUUUGCUGAUGUUUGAUCGGAAGGCGGGGGAGAAGAUGAGCGCCAAGAAGACGCCGGCGACGAGGACACGCGUCGGGAGGUACGAGCUGGGUAGAACCCUGGGUGAGGGUAGCUUUGCCAAGGUCAAGUUCGCCAAGAAUGUCGAGACCGGUGACAACGUUGCCAUCAAAAUCCUCGACCGCGACCAAGUCUUCCGCCACAAGAUGGUGGAACAUCUAAAAAGAGAAAUUUCGACAAUGAAGCUGAUCAAACACCCAAAUGUUAUUAAAAUUUUUGAGGUUAUGGCAAGCAAAUCAAAGAUCUACAUCGUUCUCGAAUUUGUUGGUGGUGGCGAGCUCUUUGACCAAAUAGCCAAAUAUGGAAGACUUAAAGAGAAUGAUGCUGGGAGAUAUUUCCAGCAGCUCAUUAAUGCUGUGGAUUAUUGCCACAGUAGAGGCGUGUACCACAGAGAUUUGAAGCCUGAGAAUCUUCUUUUGGAUUCAUGUGGUGUUCUUAAAGUUUCAGAUUUUGGAUUGAGUGCAUUCUCACAGCAAGUACGGGAGGAUGGGCUGCUUCACACCACCUGUGGAACCCCAAACUAUGUUGCUCCCGAGGUGCUAAAUGAUAAAGGCUAUGAUGGUACAGCAUCUGAUAUUUGGUCUUGUGGGGUCAUUCUCUUUGUGCUUAUGGCUGGGUACUUGCCAUUUGAUGAACCAAAUCUCGUGGCUUUGUAUAGAAAAAUUUGCAAGGCUGAUUUCACAUUUCCAUCGUACUUUUCACCUGGUGCAAAAAAACUGAUAAAGCGUGUUCUUGAUCCUAACCCUCUUACACGGAUAACGAUCCCUGAAAUCUUAGAAGAUGAAUGGUUCAAGAAAUGGUACACGCCAGCAUACUCUGAAGAGGAGCAAAAUGUAAAUCUUGAUGAUGUAGAUGCUGUAUUCAAUGACUCAGAGGAACAUCUUGUUACAGAAAGGAAGGAGAGACCUGUUUCCAUGAAUGCUUUUGAACUUAUAUCUAGGUCCCCGAGUUUUAAUCUUGAAAAUUUGUUUGAGAAGCAGAAGGGUCUUGUGAAGCGAGAAACCCGUUUUACUUCCCAGUGCCCUGCCAAUGAAAUUAUGUCUAAAAUUGAGGAAGCUGCAAAGCCUCUUGGCUUCAAUGUUAACAAGCGUAACUACAAGAUGAAGUUGAAAGGUGACAAAACUGGUAGGAAGGGUCAUCUCUCUGUAGCAACUGAGGUGUUUGAGGUGGCUCCGUCCCUGCACAUGGUAGAGCUCCGAAAAACUGGUGGUGACACAUUGGAGUUUCACAAGUUCUACAAAAGUUUCUCGUCUGGAUUGAAAGAUAUAAUGUGGAACACUGAAGAAAAUACUGAAAAGGAUUAAAGUCAUGUUAUGAAUAGCGUUUUGACAUGGAAGACAUUGAUGUUUGGAGAAAGUAGAAGCAUGCAUGUGUCCACUACUGUCGUUUGAAAGGUCCUUGGUGGGCAAUGUGAAGCCACGCCCGAAUUAAAUGUUUGCUCUUUUUUUCUUUUUCUUUUUUAAUUAUUUCAAUGAAUUCAAACCAUUCAUUGAUAGUUCAUAAGAUUGCACAAGUGAGAAAGCCUCAACUUAUUGCAAUGGAAAAAUAGUCAUUGUAACUGCUGAAAUUUUGGUAGCCAAUUCCCAAAUUAUAAUGUAGCCAUACUUAUUAAUCUUAAGUUGGAAAAAGGAUAACUUUGCUUCUUGAA